UUACAUACACACAGCAUAUAUAUGCAUUGUAUAUCCAACAACAAAAAACAGUAUUUUUCUAGUGCUUGUGGGUGUUUCAAAGUCUUAAACCCUUUGUGUCACAGUGAUUAUGGCUGCAAGGAGCUUUCUGUGCCUUUUGAUAAUGGCUCUGCUUGUUCAGAGUUCCCUGGAAACUGCUGAGAUUGGAGAUUCAAAAUCACUUGGGUUGCCAGCAAAUGGGGUGAACAGAAGACUUCUUCAGGCAAUAGAUUGCAAAGGUGCAUGUGGACAAAGAUGCAAAGCAGCAUCUCUGAAUGACCGUUGUCUGAGAGCGUGUGGAACAUGUUGUGCAAGAUGCAAGUGUGUUCCUCCUGGUACAUAUGGAAACAAGGACCUCUGCCCCUGCUAUGCCAACAUGAAAACACAUGGCAACAAACCCAAAUGUCCUUGAACAAUAUAGAAUCGCAUAAACUAUAUGAAAAGUUAGCCUGGUGAAAGUUAAUAAAGCAGAGUAUAUAUGAAUAUGAAUGAUCCUUGGACAUAUACUAUGUGUGUAUAUACAUGUAGAUUGAGAUAAAUGGUUAGCAGUGUUGGGUUUUAUGCAUACUUUGGAUGAGAGAAAACCAAAUGGGAAUAUGUAUGAUUUUGCAUAAUAAUUGUGGACUUUGUGGUAGACUCUCCUUCAGUCUGCCUGCUCGAAAUAUGUAUAUAGAGAAUAUAACAGCAGAAUAAUGUAUAUGACUAUCGUUUCUUAUUAAUAAAAUGGUAAUUAGUUAAUUA